GAUAAGUGGUCAAUGGUCUAUCCGACGGGAAGUGUUUGCAUAAAAAGCAAUUUAAACAAAAAUGUGUGAACUGUAUCUCAGAGUUCUUAUUGUUUUUAUUUUAUAAUUGUUAUGGUGGGAGAGGUAGGAAACAUUGUAAAUCUUUUAUCUCAUCUGUCCAACAUGGAAUUUUAGUUUACUCGGAAUUGAAAAACAAGAUAGUUUUACUAAAGCUUGUAAAUUUUCAUCGUUUUUAUAGAAAAAAAAUUUGUCUCUUGCGAAAUUCUUCGCACUUGUUAAUAAUUGCGAGUGUUUAUUUUAUCCUCCAUUAUUAAAUGGAGUUGUUUUUUCAACAAAGGUCAUAUUAACUAACGAGCAGUGUUUGUUCUCAGUGUAAAUUUUGUUGUGUUACAUUAAAAAACUUGACGAUUGUUUUGACCCGGGAGUAUUUCCUCAUUAGAAUGAUCAUCCUGGGACCACAGUUGCGCGCACGCACUAUUGCCAGAAACGAAAUGGAACAGAAUCUACAACUUAUGUGCGAUAACUACCAACAGCAAACACCGACUAUUGAAUAUUGCUGUUUUCAUUCAAAAUAAAUUAAAAAUAUAUUCAAUGUGCAAAAACUGACGAGAGCAAUUCGUGUGUGUUCCGCGCCUAAUUUGCACAACAAAUCUUGACCAAAAAAAAGCAUAGACUUGAUUUUCAAUAAUUCCCCCAGGAUAUUAUGAUAUGAAUAAAAUCAACUUUCUAAAGUGGUACUAAUCGAAUUUAGGUACUUGUACUUUUUUCAAAUGAUCGUCAUUGGAGAUUGAUUGACAAAACUUCAAACACAAAUAUAAAGGAGUGUCUACACUUGUGAAACUUGGAACAUUUUUUCACAGACAUGUUGGAAUAAAUACCGAACAAUUGGAAUCUGAUAGUUUUCUUUAUAUUAAGGGUUUAUUUUCUUUUAUUCAACCUGAUGCACCUGUUGCGGCAGAAUUCUUCAAAACAUCCUUUGCCAUCGAGAUAUUUUUCAUUUAUCUUUGGCUGAAGAUAACUCUGAUUUGAUUAACAAUAUUAUUUGCCCGCCAUAGGACGGGUUAUGUUUCCCACUUUUAUUGGCAUUUUAGACAUUCAAUCAUGGUGGGAGGUGCCCAGUAUAGCGCACUUCUGCUCCUUAUUUAGAGACGCCUUCAACCUUCUGGACUUUGAUAUCGAGGAUUUAGAAGAGGCACUAUUAUCUGACAACGGGACAGACGAUCAUCUUCUACAGGAAUUAAUUGUAAAAUUGCUUGAAGGCUGUUUACCUGAUGUUACUAAAAAUGACAUUUCCACGUUUAACUAUCAGAUGUUCCUUCGUAGGUUAUUCCGCAAGAAGUGUCAGGAAUACAAAUACGAGAAUCCUUUCAAUACAGACGUAGAUUUCGAACUUUUACCACUUCGACAAAAGGUUGAGAUACUUCGAGCUCUCUGUGACUUCAGGCUCGACGCUGACAACGUAGAACAAUCUUUGAGUAACUUGGAUGCCAACAGUUUGCGAGUGGAACCCUUAGGUCAUGACCGUAAGAAUUCUGCCUAUUGGUAUUUCUACGGCACCAGAUUGUACAGGGAGGAUUACGUCAAUAAUUUCAAUACAACUAUUCAGAAAUCGAGUAGUAAGUCAAAGGAUAAGAAACGCAAAAGACGACGAAACAGAGUGGUUAAGGAGGAAGAGAAGGAAGAGGAGACGGAGGAAAAUUGCCUAAACUUGGAAGAAAGUGAGAACGCAAAGAACAAAAGCAUUUGGCAAGUUGUUUGUUUCACUCAGCAAGACUGGAGCCGACUAGUUGAUAAAUUGAAGAAUUCUGAAUACGACACAGAGAGAAAGUUAUUUCGAACAUUAUCCGAAGACUUUAUGCCUGAGAUUCCGAAACUUUUCGAUUUGAAGGAAAAGCAGCAGAGAAAUAAGCUUCUAUUACGCAACAACUCUCGAGCUCUUCGAAGUCACGAGCCUGAUCUUAAUAUUGAACUUGAACCAAAUUCGAAAUCUAAAUCAAAUAUUCAAGCAACAAUGAGUAAAAUAAAAGUAAAGUCAAAGGCAGACAAAGAAUUGAAGAAAAGUAAAAUUCAUAAUUCGAAGAAAAGUAACAUUGAGGAAGAUGUUCCUUUACCAGUUUCACAACCUGUACAAAAGAAGGGUAGACAGACUAAUAAUUCUCUGGCUUCUGCGGUUGGACAGAUUGUUAUUGAUACAAGAGAUGAAACAUCAGACAUGGUGAAUAGAAAAGGCGACAAAAAGAACACCGACAAUUACUCUUCUUUGAGGUACAACGAUAUUUCGUUCGGGAUUGAGGAAGAGGAACGUCAAGUGGGAAUGCACAAGGUUCUGGAAAGUGUCAAAGAUCAUGAAGAAGCUUGGCCUUUCGUUGACCCUGUUGACGAGGAAUACGCUCCCAGAUAUUACAGCGUUGUUCGACGACCAAUGGAUCUGAGUAAAAUGGAAGAGAAACUUGAAAAUGGUUGUUAUAAAAAUCUAAAACAAUUUAAAAAAGAUUUCAGUCUUAUUGUCGAUAACUGCAGACAAUACAAUGGAUCUGAAAAUGAAUAUACAGAAAUGGCAAUUAACCUUAAAGAAGUGUUCGAGCGUGCAGUGAGUCGAUAUCUGGAUUCGGAACUAUCAAGUGAGGAAGAUUCAUCGACGAAUGUAAAAUCUGUGUCCGCAUCAACAGUUUAUACUCAACGUGUUUCCUCAGUAUCUUCACCCCAACACAAUCAACGUAAACGAUUUCGAAAGUCCAGUAAGAAAUCUAAGUCAAGUAAAUUUAGUAAAAGAGUAAAUCAAAAGAAUUACAAAGAAGAUUCCUUAAAAGAAGAAUCCGAUUCAGGUGCAGUAAAAAGUAAAAAGGUUAAAAAGAAAUCAAAGAAAUUAAAGAAGAAAAUGAAAGUUGAAGAACGCGUUGAAGAGGAGGAAGAAGAAGAAGAAGAAGAAGAAUUAGAAGACGAAGAAGAAGAAGAAGAAAAAAAAGAGAAAGAAGAAAAUUCGAAAAAGAAUGUAAGUGAUGGUGCAAUAUCUGUCAUGAGUAUAAUUAAGUCUAAAAGAAAAAAAGGUGUAGAUGUAAAUAGGUCGGUUGCAAGUAAUAAAAAAGAAUCAUCUGAAGAUGAGAAAACUGAGGAGAUGACGAAAGAUAGUAGAAAAAAUGCGAGAGAACUUCGGCAAGAAAAACAUGCCAAAGAUACAAUUAAUUUAUCGAAAAAUUUAAAGGCAAAUAGAAAAAGAAAGGAAAGUUUUGAGGAGGACUGUCAUGUCGAGUGUUCUAAGAAUAAGAUUAGAAAAAUUGAAAGCAAUGAUAUUAAAGAUUCUGAAUCAUUAAUAACCAGAAUGAAGAAAGUUAAACAAAAGCACGAUAGAUCUCAUGAGAAAAAUAAAACAAUACAAAAUUUAAAAAAGAGUUCACUCAAAGAAAAUAAAAGUUACAAGAAAGAUAAAAGGGAAAUUGCAUCUGUUCACUCUAACCUUAAGAAGCACGAAUUAAAAAGUAAAACCAAAGAUAAAAAAAUGAAAAAGAAGAAGAAAACAAGCAGUGACAGAAUAAAAAAUGUCGAUUUGAAAGAUAAUUCAGAAUCGAUGAAAAUUGAAGAUUCGAAAGACGUUGAGAAAACUGAUGCUAUUUCUAUGAAACUUGCGUCCCUCGUUAAUAAUAAGGAUUUGGAGUCUUUGGAUAGUCUUAAAGACAAAAUCAGCGAAAGGCGGAGAGAGGAAAAAUUUAAAUUGGAUCGCAAAAAGGAAAAGAAACCCAAGCCUGAUGGCUUUAUCUUGUCUGCAAAAAAAGUGCCUUCUAGUAGUAAUAUGUUUCAGAAUAGUAAUAAAGUUAAUUCAAAACAUGGUAAACCUAAGAAAGUUGUUAAAGAUGAAAAAUUAUUAAUAGCCAACACGAAAAUUCAAUAUUCAGAUAUUAAUAAGAAGAAGAAGAAACUGAAAGUUCUACACACCAAACAAUCUAAACAGAAAGAGGAGACUCCAGCAAUACAGGCUUUGAAUCAGGCCACAGAGCAAACGCUUAAUGAUAUUAACAAAUGGUUGGAUGACGCUCCACGUUUGUCUGAAUUUUCUUCAGGCAGUGAAUCUCCUGUACUUCUUCCUUCAACAAGCGAUGCUAGUCGAUCUGCUGCCAAACUAGACACAUCUCGGAAGAAAGCUCAUCCGAUAAAAGCUUUUGGAUCUCAUUCCCAAAUAAAAAAGAAAGUUCAAAGGACUAUUGACAGACUGCAACCAGGAAAAAGUAAAGGAAAUUUGUUAUUAAAGAAACCUCGCAAUGUGCCAAGUGGAAAUUCGACGGAUACUGUGGAAAAAAAUGCAGCGGUUGACAUUGUGAAACCAAAACGUGACUCCGAUGAUGAACCAAAAUUAAGUCUAGGUUCGGUUCUCAAAAACACUGAUUCUAUUCAAUCAUUUUGUAAGAAUUUAGUUGGCUCGCCAAAUCCGAAUUUAUCCAAUGAGGACGAAGACGUGGACAAUUCUUCUGUUCCUGCAAAUCUGGCUACUAAGGAAGAUCCCCAGGCAACAAAUGCGACAAACCAAGUCGUUGAAAGUGCGUCGUCCUCUGAAGUCGUUAAAGAGGAAUUAUCUUUGCCUAAUGAUUCUCAGAAGCUUAAGUCUGCGACGCCAAAUUUGAGUGCUUGGUUUAAGGCUUUCGGAGCUCCUAAAUCAAAAAGAAAGGACGAAGAUGUGGAAGAGUCGCAGAGCAACUUUAAGAAAGAGAGCGAAGUAGCGGAAGUCGGCGUAAGGCAGAGAAGAAUGAGUACCGGAGGCAGUAGCGUCAGUGAGUCAAUUUCUAGUUUCUCUCAAGAAUCGCCACCUGCUCGGUCGGUACAUUCACCUCAAAAUACACAAGUUCUGAUACCGGCAACUGAACCGCCGAUCCGCGGUGCAGGAUUCUAUCAAGACGCUCUAAAUACUGGCACUAGUCCCUACAACAGUCCAUACUACGCCACUCCACCUCGGUACAGUGCGCAACUUCCUCCCACUCCAUCCCCUCAGAAUCACACUUUAUCUCCGGUUUAUCCUUCUCCCGUUACCUUCGAACAAUCUUCUCUCUACUCGAAAAACUAUCAAAAAACCUCUCCUCAAGCAAGUCCAAACGAAUCUUUCCGUCAACUGUCACCCUCGUUUCCACAAUCAUCUCCUCAGCAGUCUUUCCCUCAAAAUUCUCCCCAGAAUGCAUCGUUCUCUCAGAACCAAUCUCCGGUUUAUCCGCAGCAGUCACCUCAGUCGAUGCACUCACCUUAUCCGCAACCAUCGCCACAAGCUCCUUCUUCUAAUUACUCGCAACCGUCUCCCCAACAACCACCGACGCCAAUUUACUCGCAACCUUCUCCCCAACAACCGCCAACGCCAAUUUACUCGCAACCUUCACCUCAACAACCACCAACGCCUAUUUACUCGCAACCUUCUCCCCAACAACCACCAACGCCAAUGUAUUCCCAACCCUCCCCGCAACAAACCAACAAUUUCUCCCAACCAUCUCCCCAGUCCAUCAAUUACUCUCAGUCUUCACCGCAACAUCCAAACUCGCCUUACUCUCAACCGUCACCACAAUCAAUACCCAACUUUUCACAACCAUCGCCUCAACAACAAUUGUCUCCCUAUUCGCAACCUUCGACACCUCAAAACCAAAACUAUCCUCAGCUAUCUCCUCAACCUCCGGUCAGCUACUCCAAACCCUCACCACAGCUUCCACCAAAUUAUCAACAACUCUCACCUCAAGCACCGGCUUCCUACUCUCAACCUUCCCCUCAGUCGCAAAACUAUUCGCAAACAUCGCCUCAACAAAGUCAACAAAGCCAACAAAGUUUUCAAAACUCAAAAGAAUCUCCCCAGCCGCCGGCAAAUUACUCACAACCAACUCAGCCUGCGACUUACCCUCAACCCUCAAAUCAACAGCUGCCACCGUCUUACGCUCAGCCAAAACAAUCGCCGAGCAAUUACUCCCAACAAUCGCCAAAUCGACAAACUAAUUAUUCAUAUCCCUCACCGCAGACAAUGCAAACAUCACAAAAUCAACACUUCCCCCAAACAUCUCAGACCUUCGAGGCAGCGGCAAAGACCGUAGAUCAGAACUACAGUCGCACACCAGAUGCAUAUCCACCCAACUUUAAACAACCUUACUUGGAAACCUCUGCCACAAAUACUCUACCCGAUAACAGAAGACUAGAUUUUCACAAGGAGGAGAAACUUCCAGAGCAGAGGUUCUCAACGCAAGACACGAAUGUAGCAUUAAGUCAAACAUUUCAAUCAAAUCAAUUCUCAACAUAUGAGAAUAGUUUCAAUGAAAGAAUUUCCGGACAAACGGAAAUGAGGACCAUGAACCAGGAACAGCAGCGUGUGGCACAAGCACAGGAUCAGUCACAAAUUUUGAACUUUCACGAAGGAGUUUAUCAGACUAGUUUUCAGUCAUCGUCCUCGUCUUCAUCUUCGUCUUCUUUCCCGAUAUCAAACACCAGAACACUAUAUCCGGGAAGUCACUAUUUCGAAUCGGUGAGUUCGAAAAAUAUACCAACGGCGAAUUCCAGUAAUAAUUUACCGGCGACCAAAAAGAGAACUUACGAAGUAACCGCAUCAGAUUCUAAUCGUCUUCCGCAAGAAACUCGCCCGGGGCAAGAGCAGUUCGGCUUUGAUCUAAUGAUGCCCUUUUCGGAGAGCGAGUCUCCACAGUUCGACAGUAGUUAUGUUAAUAGUUUGGCCGAGUCGGUAGCGUCCAAUUCCGCCUACUCGAGGUUGGGGCUCGGACUCAUCGGUCGUCCGACGAAGGAACAACAAUUGCUUACGAUUCCCCGACCGCCAGGGAAACCUGAGACAAUCUAUCGAGGUGCCGCGCCUGGCAAUGCCGAACUGGACUUAAGUCUUCUCCAGAGUCUUCAGAGCGCUGCGAAAAAUCCCCAAGCAAUGCUUCCGAUUGCCAGAAGGGAGCCAACGACGACCGCAGCUCCGACGAAAAGCAAAAAGGGAAGAAAGAGCAAAGCUGCGGUCGCUAUCGAACAACAGGGCACACCGGCCUUAGCAAGCUUCGCGCAAUAUUCGGGCAAUCCAGAAGCCAUUGGCCUGAAGAAUCCAGUCGUCACGCCCGGGGGAAGUGCUUUCAAUUUCGCCUCCACUGCUGGCACGGCCAACAAUUCGCCGUUCUACGACAAGGACACUUCAGCGGCCGCUGCCGCCUACGCCUUUCUCGACGAAUUUCGAAAUCCGAAUAGCUACUACAGUAUGGCUUUCAGGCAACAACAGCAGCAGCAGCAGCAACAGCAAACUCCUCCGGUCACCGACUCGGGGCAACAACCCUGCAAUAAACUAAGCACCCAGCAUCCUAGGAACUACUCGGCGCAUCCUUUUCUCCACACUCAGCGGACCGCCGCCUACGGACCGUCAGUGCCGACCUACGUCACCCCGCACGGUCCGAAUCUCGGCGUCGAUCCCUUUCAGCAGUAUUUACACUCUUUCUACGCUCUUCAACAACAACCACAUCAUCACAGGCCCUCUUGGCUCUAGCUGAAACAAUCGACUAAAGAACAAACAAUCCUAUGGAAGUGAAUUAUUGAUUACGAUUGAUAUCGAAAAAAGGAAUUCUUUGCAUUUGUAGUUAUAUUUUGUGCAAUGAUCUCUUUUCGUCUCUGUAUAAAAAUUAGACAUUAUAUAAACUUUUGAUCUAAUUUCAUUCUUAAGUUUUAUAGACAAUUAUAUAAAUAUAUAUUAGAGAAACGUAUAAAUUGGGAUAGUGUGUAAGCUUCUUUUUCGUUUUUUUUAUUAGUUAAAAAAGUUGGGACAUUUUUUUGUAACCAAAAUGUACAAAAAGAUCGCGUUAAAAUGAAAUUAUUUUUUUCCUUUCAUAUCAAUUGAGACGUUUCGGUUUUGUUUUUAAAGACGUCACUUUUCUUUUUCUUUAAUUAAAGAAACGUUUAAAUAUUAUUUUAAACAUGUGAAGUAGAUUUUUUACAUGAAAAAAAAGGUUUUUAUUGGAAAUAAUUAAUAUUAAAAAUGACCGUCUCGAAUUAUAGAAUUGAUCGACUAGUGAAAUUUAGCCUCUCUAUAGGUCAAAAAUGUGAAAUAAUAUGUCAUGAAAAAGCAACAAAAUGUGAAAACAUAACAUAUAUUUCGUUUUAUUGAUUGUUUCAUGAUUUUUGUAAAUCAAAUUUAAAAAACUAUGGUGUUUUAUAGUAAGUUGCAAUUCAACAACAAAUAAAGAAAAUUUUGUUAAAAAUUAUACGAAAGGAAGUUUAUUUAGAACACCAAGAAUGAAGAAUCUAAAUCUAAAGUGUAAUAGAAACUAUGAACAAUUAUAAUUUUAUAUUUUAUUACAUUAUAUUAGUAUUGUUAAUGAAAAUUAAAGUUUCAUUAUUUUAAAUUGAAA